UUUAUCUUUCCCCCUGCCUCAAAGAAAACCUGCUCAGCACGUGACGACACAUUCCACCCGCUUUCCGCGCCACGAGGAAGAAGACGCCAAAUCCGGAGAGCAGCAACACCCCAGCCUGCACACCACCGCGGCUUUCGCAGCGCCCUCGAUUUGUGGAGCGAGCACGUUUGGUUGCCGAAUUUGCGUGCCACGCACGUGGUCAUCGGUGUGGCAAGAAGACUGAUCAAGCGGGAAACCCCGGAAAACACGACUCCACACCAUUUAUAGCACGAGCGUCGGCACGAUGGUGGAGGGGGACAAGGAGCACAAGGCCAACAAGGACGCGGGGAGGCGCGCUACUCUAGUGUUAGUUUCCAAGUAUCCCACGCCGGGCUCCAGCAAGACGCGGUUGAUCCCGGCCCUGGGGGAGGCGCUCGCGGCGCAGCUCGCGAUGGCCAUGCUCCAGGACUUGUUGAAGCGUUUUUCGAUAGAGGACCCGGCCGGCGAGUUCCGAAAAGUUUUCGUCUACGCCCCCCCUUCUGCGGGGCCUUCCGUGAACAAGAUGCUCAAAGACCUGGGGUUGGACAAGGCGUGGGACGCGGAGCCGGUUUCGUCGGGGACUCCGCUGCGGGAGAGCGGACUAACGACCAUACUUGAGGCGGCGCUGGCGAGUGCGAGAUCACGGGAGAGAGACGGGGCCGUCAUUUUCGUGGGGAUGGACACUCCGGAGUUGCCGUGGUCGGAGGUUGUGGCGGCGAGAAGCUCGGCCGAGAAGGAUGGCAAGGCUUACAUUUGCCCAGCAUCCGACGGAGGCUACACCCUACUUGGCUUGCCGCCGAAGGCAGGGCGAGGGACGUUCGAAGGUGUGAAGUGGUCGGACUCCUUGACGUGCAAGAGCCAGACGCUCGCGCUCGCUUCGAGGGGUGUUUCGACUAGGACCGGAGGCACGUACCACGACGUGGACGAGGCAGACGACGUGGCGGGGCUGGAAAAGCGGUCUCCCCGGGGGCUGGAGGGGUCGCCGUGCCCGCAGACGCUGGGAAUUGCCAGAACCGCGCUCCGGCGGCAGCUUUUGCCUCGCGUCUGGGUGGGCUAGGAAGGAAUGUCACUGGGUGAUGGACAUGGACAGGACAGGCACCUGGUUGCUUGAGCGAAAGCAAAGCAAGCGAGAACGUGAUGAUGCCAGCGGGGAAACCACGUACCUCUGUUGAGUCGAAAACAUACCGGGGGAAAUAGGAAAAAUACCCGGGGAUUUCCGAGCGUGCGAGGCGUUCUUCUCUGGGUCUGGUGUGGGCUUGUGGGUACUUCGAACGUUUCUCUUGUCUAGCUGCUGCUGCUGCUGCUGCUGCUACUGCUGGAUUAUGCCGCGAAGAUGUGAAUGGUUCCUCUUGCCCUUGUUGUUCGUUCUUCCUUUUGCGAGAGAAGAUCGAAGCGACCACGAGAGAGACAGAGCCUUGUUGUUCGUUCUUGUCCUUGCGAAAAUAUGGAAGCAGCCAGACGAGGGGGGGGCGGGGGCAGGAGGUGUGUGUGGAGGAACGAAGAUAUCCACCAACGUGAUAGGAUGAAGAAGAACGGACCCACGACUGGCUCGUGUUCUGUGUUAUUUUGUCGUUUCCGUUGGGGGAGGGGGGGCGUUGUCCCCCGCGCCAGCUUUCAGUAUCUGUGACAUGGUAGAGAGAACAAUCGGGAAUGGCUGUGGCAGGGGUGGAACGAGUCACGUUGGCCCUGUUGCAAGAAAGCAUGGAUGGUGCGCCCCGUGGUGUGACCGUUCACGUUCGCCCGGGGGCGUUCCCAAAAGGAGGCCGGUGUGUUGCGGGGAGGCUUGGUCCUUGACCCCUCCCUGUGGUGUACGAGCGAUGACGGGUUGGCGUGGGACAGCAGUAUGCUUUCGGUUUGGGUCGAGAAGGGCGCAUGUGAGGGUUGGGAAGGUGAACCGGCUUUGGCUAACAAGGGAAGCCGUCAUGCAAGUCGCCGCCCGGGGAGAGUUCACGGGAGUCACGUACUUCCUCUGGUUUGGUUUCAUCUCGGUUCUUGUAAGCGAAGGAUGCGUGGCGCCGGGGGUGGUGAUGGUUGUUCCCCCGGCCUCCCCGUCCUCCCCCGCCUCUGUGCUGCGCUGUUUUAGUUUUCGAGCGUGACAUCAAGAUCGUGUUGUGUUGCCGCUGCUUCUCUCCCGUCGGUAACCAGCAACUCUCUCUGCGUACCAAGAGGAAAGAAAAGAGACGCAACAAGAUUUCCCAGGCAGGGUGGCGUGCGUGCCUAUGCCGCGGCGCCCCUCUCUCCGUCUCCCCAUCUGUCAGAGUGCUCCUUGUCUUUUUUUUUUUGCUUGGUCGGCCCUCUUUUGCCCGUAUCCUGAGAUAAGACUGUCGGCGUUGAGAAUCCUCAUGACGGGCUCGGGAGAGCAGGGGUCGUUGUUUUCUGUUUGGGUAGUAGUCGGCGGGCAGCCUUUCGCGCAUUUCUUCCACACGCUGUCUGCCGUGUCAUCGUCGUCGUAGUCUGUUUGCCAGUGAUGGAAUCACCCUCUUGUACAAACCCGAAAAUAUAGCGUCGUCGAUGGAUUAGUCUAGUUGUGUUGUUGAAAUUUUCAAGUUUCGACCAUGCCCUCGCUGACUGCUGUUGUGUUGAUGAGCGCACAUUUCCUGUGUUUUUUUGACCCGGCCUUGCUAGGUGUGAGCAAAAGUACCUGUUGAAUUUAGAUAGUGGGGUUCCCUCGUAUCGUACAAACACGUUAAAGAAGAAAUAAUCACAAAUGGUUUGGCGUGCGCCGGGACACGGUGGUCUUGGUUGCUGUUGGGACGGAUUUAUUUUUUGUUUGAUCCGCCGCCGCAUUCUGCUUUGUUAACGGCCGCAGCGAGGGAUGAGUGUAGCAGCAGCGAGGAAGGGGUGAUGGGUGUACCGGUUGGUUUUUUCCUUGAUGUGUAGUACGUGUACCGCAUGCUCCCACAUUCAAGAAAAGGGAGAGCAUUUGCUUGUUACGCUUGUUACGCUGGUUACGCGUACGCAACGCCCGUUUAUUUGCUGGGUUACUUGACGAUAUGCGAUGGACGUAAGCGUGGUGUGAAAGUUUUAGGAUUCAUGACUUCUACUUUUCCGUUUGUCUCUUAGGUCUUUUUUUUUUUUUUGCACGUCGUAUGUUGGGUUGCUCAACUCCCCCCCCUACUUUUUUGCUUUUUGUUCGUUCGAAAAGCCGCGCUCGUUGGCGUGGUUACCAUCCCACAAUCCUGUUGCCGAAACAACACCGGGCGCUCUUUUUCCAACGCAAAGCUAAAAUGGAGUGUGCCGUUCCCAACAGGGGGUACAUAUGGGCGAGGGUUCACGAGAUUGUAUUCUGUUUUACAACUGUACUCCAGAACACGGGGGGGCGAGUGGUUAGCCUUCUUUUGUUCUUUCUUUCGGGUUGGGGUGUUCGGCCCGUCUUGGGAUAACUCCCACUCGGCCGCGAUGCAAUUCGUUGCGCAUGGGCGCAAACGUAAUUGCCACUUGCACGCGCAUCCACGCGCGCGAAGUUGGGGUAAGGAGUAGUGGGCAGGGUUUGAAAGCGCUGUUGUUGUUGGCCCAGUUCUUUAUACAGGCGGUUUUUAUGGCAGGUGGCUCUCGCACGGGAGCGGUGGUCGGUCUUGGAGCCAACUUUGUACACCCGGCAAAGUCCUCCAGCCCAUCCAACAACAGCUUCGGCACGUAGCAUGCAUCGUCGUAGUCUUUGAUGUUGGUUUGUCGUCCUCGCAAGGCGGUGGGUAUAUUGACGAUUCGGCAUAUUUACGGACUUUUCUCGGGGCAUCAUCACCCGACUGUCCUUGGUACGUGCCUUCCUCUCUUUUGUCUUCUUCUUUUCAGGGGGGGGAAAUGCGCUCGCAUGUUUUUUCUUUUUGUGGUACGGUGCCUUCCUUCCUCGUGAGCGCGUCUCAUCCCCUCGGGACUUGAUCCUGUUGCGUUCCACUCCGGUUCUCCCAUCCUUCGAUGAGAUUAUUCGCGGAAGGUUUCCAGCAGACAGCGCGAAUGAUAAUUCCCUUCAACAGCAGUCUGCCGCCCACUUGGCCUUUGUCGUUUUGUGCGGCAUCCCCAGGAGUUUUCUGUUUUCUAUUCAUACCGUAGUCUGUUGUUCUUUUUGUGUCGUGUUGACUGCAUGCGCGUGUUUGGUCGGUCGGUGGUAGAGCAAGAAAGGCAGGAUGAAGGAAAGGAAUGGGCUUCCAUUGUUUAGUGCGGUGCUCGGCUCGCUCCUAUAUUUGUUCGCUGGGUGUGUGGUGGCAGAACUGACCGAACGUCUGCCCGUACUCCCCUGCGUUUGUUCUUUAUGUGUGACGUGUCUUCGCUUUUCUUGUAUCCACGGUGCUGUUGUCGCAAGUGGACUGAUAGCCGCUCUCUCGUUUUUACAGCAAGUACUUUCGGCGUAUCGUUAGUGUGACUCGUGGGUGGUGUUGUUAAUGUUGUUGCUAGACGGCAUCGUUGCUUGAUUCCGCCCGCGUACCGUAGAGAAGCGGGGAGGGCGUAGUGUAGCCAGAAAGGCGUUUGUCUGUCGUUUGCUACGCGAGACAUGAUGUGGUGAGGCGGGGGAUUAGUCGCAGGAUGUGCCUGCGGCGCACGCAUUAGUUGGGAAGAAAUAGUGGGAGGCGACCGUAGUGUACGAGCGUUUCUUGGGACUAGUGGGGGUGAAAAAAGCCUUGCGUUGUCAUUUGGCGACUGCGACGUACAUGGAUGACGCCAGGCUGUCGAAAUAGUCCAAGACGUUCUGGUGAGUCCCUGCGGAUUAUGAGUGGAGGGUUCAUCGCCGGAUGCGUGUGCACAUGGUGCCGCCCGAGAUAAUGGACCGGGUGGAGGUGUAUAACUACCCCGAGUGGUACGCAUAGGUUUCGUCACAUGUGUUGAAACCUCGCUACCCCGGAAUCCAUCCAACGUUGUUGGCGGCGCGACUUGCGGCGUAGCGUUGAUUGGAGGGCAUCAAUCGGUUGCGACGUUGUACGUUGUACGUUGGUUGGAGUAACAGCGGCGGCGGUGGAGCUUGGACUGGACGGCGUUGGUAGCUUUGAGGUGGAAAGAUGAGACGUGGUGUCGCUAAGAGUGAAACCGUUUCUUCGUUCAAGGACAGUAUGAGCCUGUGAAGGGAGAGGCGACAGACACGAGCAAGGGGACGGUGGAACCAAGCCCGUGGUACAACAGGGGGAUUGGGAGAAAAGGGCGGCUUUGAUUGGACAACUGCCCCGCUGCGCUUGCAGGUGGUGAGCGCGUGCUGUGAAAAUUGAGGGUUGACUUUGUACAUUAUGUCAUGCUAUGGUAUAGCUCUCGAUGGCGAGACGGGCUUCGGUUGGCGGAAGGCACCCAAGGUGCCAGAAGCGCUCACUCCCCGACCUACCUGCCAUUAUGUUCGGUACGACAAGGGAAGUGGAGGAGGAGGAGGGGGGGUCACGUAUACGAGAGAUCGGGAACCGGGAACGUUGUUAGCAAGGCGGUACAUAAGCUCGUGUCAGGAAUUGAGAGGAAAUUUACGCGAACCAGCGAGACGUGUUUGGGUGCUUGCAUACUUCUAGUUCGGGUUUACGGCAAUCCUAGCAAAGUCGAGAAAAAUUGGGGA